CUGACUCCCUGUGUGUGUGUGUGUGUGAGUGAGGUGUUCAGUUGAAUGGCUUCUUUCCACUGGUCCCUCAACGCUGCUGGACAUAUCUUGUGAAGCUCGGUACACACUCACACAGUGAUGGAAGGUGAAUUGCCUCCCGACCUAACAUUUGACCCCAAAGAAGAGGAACAGAUGAUGGAAUUCUUAACACAGCAAGUACACCUGCUCAAGGAAAAAGCUAGGCUGCAUUCGACGGUUCGAGAAGAGAAAAAGCUGCUGGUGGAAAACUCCAAGCUGAAGAAAGACAUCGAUGAGCUGAAGAGGAAACUGCAGGAGACACAGAGAAAGAAAGCCGUAAAGCUCCAUCAGGAGAAGGUCCUGACUGCAUCAGUAGCUGCGAUGAAGGCCGUUGUCUCGGAGAUUCCUGCUCCACCUGAACCUACAUCUAAACCCCAAAGAAAUAACACACAAAGUGAGGGGAGACGGAGGAGGAACCGCCGAGGGGUUCGAGAGGAAGUGGGCGGAGCUUCUAAGGGAACUGAGGCAGUGGGUGGAUUGGAGCGUGAACAGAGGCCCGAUGUUUCCUGGUUGGACCUGAGGAUCGGACGCGUCCUGGGGGUUCGGAAACAUCCGGAUUCAGAGUCACUCUAUGUACAGGAAGUGGAUGUGGGAGACUCCGCACCCAGAACUGUGGUCAGCGAACUGGCCAAUCACAUGCCUUCAGAGCAGCUGCAGGACAUUCUGGCGAUUUUCCUCUGUAAUGUUCGUCCCGUGAAGGUGCGUGGUGUUCAAUCUCAGGCUCGAGUGCUCUGUGCUGUCAAUCAACACAGGAUGGAGCCUUUAGCCCCACCCACUACAGCUCAGCCUGGAGACAGAGUGAAUUUCCAGAUCUAUCCAGGUGAGGCAGAGAGAGAGUUGAACCCGAAGCAGCGUGUUUGGGAACGUUUACUCCCUGACCUACGCAUUGAUGAAAGGGGCGUGGCCACUUACAGAGGUGUGGGCUUUGAGGUCAGGGGGAAGGGCCUUUGCAGAGCGCCUACUAUCAGCAACGGAGGGAUCAAGUAAAGCGCAACGGUCAUCACCAUGGUUACCAGCAAACAACACGUAUGGUAGAAUAAGGACAAGAAAAAUUAAUAAUGAUUAAUAAUGAUGUCACAAAAGGGCUGAUUUUUAAACAUUUAUAAAUGGAAUUUGUUGUUGCCAUGGUAACCAUCAAAAACAGCUGUAAUAUACAACACAUUAAGGCAGAAAAGUGAGUAAAUACCUGCUGUACAUUUCGGUAGAGUAAUAACUGUAAGUUUGU